UAUGUUUGAAACCAGAAGAAGAAAUACCGGAAGCACAUGUGGAACGCAAACGUGUGCAGGCUUUGAAUGAUACUAUUUCGUGAUAACAACUAAUUUAAAUAGUAGCGUUUACGAGAAAUUACGUGUUGUGAAAGACGUUUACGUCUACAAAGUCAAGAUUUCACCAUGGUUCGACAGAUCCGAGUAAAACGAUUUAAACUGCAGAAGAAGCCAGAGCAAUUUGACGACGAUGACCCUCAAGCCUACAAGGGUGCGCAAGCCCCCGACAAGAAAUCUACAGACUUUACCAGGGGCGAGGUGGACCGGUUUCAUGAUGAAAAGAUUGCUAAACUUCUUGCCAGUGGUGACAAAGUGGAUAGUGACCUUGAGGAUGGGGAUGAUGAGGAGGAAGUGAUGGCCCUGGAUGACUCUGAGUCUGAAGGAGAUGAAGAAUAUGGUGACGACCAACAAGAAGAGGGGAGUGAUAUGGAAAGUGAUCUAGAGGGGAAGAAAGAUACAGGUAAAAUAAUUGCGUCUAAUCCAAGUGUUUGCAUGGCCAAAUAUACCGUUGUGUUUUACAGCGUUACCCAUUUUUCUGAUGUUUUUUUUCUAGAUCUUCCUAGUGACAUGGCGUGGGGUAACAGAAAGAACCUCUUCUACGACUCAGAUUAUGUGGCUGCCAAAGGGAAAACGCAAGAAGAAGUAGAAGCAGAGGACAAAGAGGAGGAAGAAGAAGCUAAGAACAUACAAAGACGCCUGGCUGCGAAUCUCAGCGAGGAGGACUAUGAUCUCAAUUUAUUUCAGGAAUUCGCUGUGGAGAAGGACGAUAAGACUGCAGAAAAGGAUAAGAAAAUUGUGAAAGACCUGGAUCAGAUGUCCCAGAAAGAGAAGCUGAAGCUGCUGAAGAAGGAGUCGCCUGAGAUGCUUGAGCUUAUUCAGGAUUUCAAGGCAAAGCUGACCGAACUGAAGGAUGAAAUACAGCCGCUCAUUGAGAUGAUUAAGGAUGGACGGAUUGCUCCAGGGAAGGGGGCCGAAUAUCUCAAGACAAAACACCAGCUUUAUCUGAAUUACUGCACAAAUAUCAGUUUCUACCUGGUCCUUAAAGCAAAAAGAAUCCCCGCUCAUAACCAUCCCGUCAUAGAGAGGUUGCUCAACUACAGAAAUCUCAUCAACAAGCUGGGGCCAGUCGAUGCCAGACUGGAGCCCCAGCUUCGCAGGCUGCUAGCUGGGUGGCAGCCGGAGGAGUCCCGCCGCAGGCCUGCCCCUGAGGAGGGCCAAGUUCCUGAACAGGCAGUGGGAGAAGCUAGUGAAGACGACUCAGACCCGGACUCAGAUGAUGAGGAGGCUGCCCUGCGCUUCUACAAAGAGGUUGAGGAAAAGCUGAAGCUCAAGAAGAAGAGAAGGAACAUGGACCCAGAUGCGGACGGAAUGGAGGAGAAUGGAGAUGAAGAAGACGUUCCCACGGAUGCAAAGAGAAAGAUCACAUAUGAGAUGGCCAAGAACAAGGGGCUGACGCCCAAGAGGAAGAAGAUUAACCGCAAUCCCAGAGUGAAGCACAGAGAGAAGUACAGGCGGGCUCAGAUCAAGAGAAAGGGACAGGUUCGGGAGGUGCGACGCGAGGAGACCAGAUACAGUGGAGAGCAUUCCGGAAUCCGCAGUGGACUCAAAAAGAGCGUCAAGCUUGCGUAACGAACCAGAGAUGUAUAAAUUACGCUGCACAGCAUAGCCAUCAUUUUAACUGUUUAUUCAAGUGCAAUUGCCUGUAUGAAGACCGAUUUUCCUAUUAUAUUUCUAUGAAUCACUUGAAAUAAACUUUUUCUGAUAACCUUUAUUUCACAGUGGCAUUAUGCAGUUACAUGUAAAUCACAGAAGACUUGGUAAUGACUGUGUACAAAGGCAGACAAUGGCAUUAAACAGAUGCGAACAGUUAUUCAGGAUGUGAAUUUACUCAU